AUGCCUCAACCGCUCCUGCCAAUAUCGGCUUCGUCUGAGAAACAAGUUGAGAGACGCGCUGGCCUUUCUCGGCAUCCGGCGUUUUAUGUUGGGAGUUGGAUAUUCUUCUCUAACCUAACAAUUCUCUUUAACAAAUGGUUGAUCGAUGAUGCUGGUUUCAGAUACCCCGUUAUUCUGACUUUCUGGCACAUGAUAUUUGCUACGCUCGCGACACAGCUGCUCGCCAAGACAACAAGACUGCUUGAUGGUCGGCAUAAUGUCAAGAUGACCAAGAAGCUGUACACGCGCGCAGUUGUGCCAAUCGGCCUAUUGUACAGCGGGAGCUUGGUCUGCAGCAACCUUGUCUACCUUUACCUGAGUGUUGCAUUUAUUCAGAUGUUGAAGGCCGCGUCACCGUUCUCUACUCUUGUGGUGGCUUGGCUAUGGGGUCAGGAGAAUCCGACCACAUUGGUUGUCUGCAAGAUCCUUAUGAUUGUUUUUGGCGUUCUGGUGGCUAGCGCUGGAGAAAUCCAUUUCUCAUGGCUGGGCUUUUUCUUCCAGCUCGGUGGCCUGGCUUUUGAGUCGAUCCGCGUUGUCAUGAUCCAGGCGCUUAUGUCGAGUGCCGGCAUGAACAUGGAUCCUCUCGUCAGCCUCUACUACUUCGCACCCGUCUGUGCUGUUAUGAACCUAUUCGUUGCAUGGGCUGCGGAGUGGCAGUCUUUCCAGUGGACUGAUAUUGCGAAGACGGGGGCAACAAUGCUGUUCCUCAACGCCUUAAUAGCGUUCCUACUAAAUAUCUCGAGCGUUAUGUUGGUGAGUCGCUUGUCUCGUUACGCCCACCCUUGA